GUCAGACCAACACUGCUACCUACCUGAAUUUAAAACCAGUAGUUUCAUUACAGUGGUAGCCACUAUGAAUCCUAUAAGAUUGUAGCCUGUGGGGUGGCGGCGGUCGUGUAAUCAGUAUCAUUGGCUCAGAAUGUCAAGAUUUUGAGAAAGAAAACCGAAGCUACACGCUUCUCCCUCUCCCACCCAUGCUUCUGUUCUAUAUGGCUAUUGAAUAACACUGUGCCCUGAGCUGCUAUUUGCUGCAGGAGGCCUGACUUCUCAUUAUUCUUAAUUUGUCCCAACAUUAAAAAGUGAAGGGGACGUUGAAUCCUCAGCUAGUGUGCAUAACUUUAUUCCCAGACAUUCUGCAGUAGCCUUCCAAAUAUUGAAUUUUGCAUAAACAUAUUCAUAACAAAAUGACAAAGGAGAAAAGAAAAGCAGGCGGAUAGGGAAAAAGAAGGGUAAAAAGGUGUUGGCAUCACCCCAAAGGGGUGGGCUUCUUUCGCAUGCCACAUUUCCACUGGUUACCUGCCACAGUAUAUAUAUCAUGUUAUUUAACCAAUUAAGUAUGCCAUGUGUAAUUUACUUUACCUGCUGUCUUCACACAUUGUUAGCAGUUUUAGUCUACUGAAUAGAUAUUUUUACCCAAGAACAAUAUUGCAAGACUGUAAGACAUUUGAUUCACAUAACCUUUGUCACAGUCUCCAAUGGAUGUAGUAAAUCAAUAUUUCCAAGAAUCAUGAUAUAUUCCUGUUGCAAAUAAUCUGUGUUACAAACUUGGAAGUUUUCUGCUAUUGCUAGUUGAUGGGAUAGCACUUUAAUUUUCAGAAAUAUGUUUGCUUGCACAGGUGAAAAAGUACUGCCAAGGUGAUAAUCAGUCCAUAAUAAUAAACCUAGUAAUCACCUUCUUACGGUCAUACUGGAAAUUUCAGCUUGUAGCUGGUUAAAAGAAUCCAUCCAACAAAACACAUUUUAAUUAGUUUAAUGGCAGUCUAAUCCUUGUGUUUGGAAGCUAUGGAGCAGUAAAUGCUAAUUUGCAAACAUUUUCUGAAUUGUCCCUAGCAACUCUACACAGGGGAAUUGUCCUUCUCUGAGUACUGAACUCUAUACUCUGAACUCUAGGCUGUAGGAUGGGUGGGGUAGAUUUUGAAUAAAUAUAGCAGCAGCAGCAGCAAUAACAACAACAUUACAACAACACAAUACAUAAUAACACAGGAUUUUAGCAAAUGUAUAGGAUUGCUUAUCACACUUGGAUUUCCUCCCAGUCUUCCUGAUUGAUGUACACAUAGUUGCAAGAGAUCCCGUUUUGCUAUAGACUUGGCAAUAUAAUAUUUAUACCCCGUCCAUCUGGCUGGGUUUCCCCAGCUACUCUGGGCAGCUCCCAACAGAAUAUUAUUAAUAAUAAUAAAGCGACAAAACAUUAAAAACUUCUCUAAGUUUCAUUGCUUAGCAUUAGAGAUAGAACACCACUUCAUUCAAGGAAAGCAAGUUAAAAGAAAAUUUACUCUUCCUUCAAACACAUGAAAUAGAACUAAAUAAAGAUUUAAAAUGUUUAAAGUUACUUCUAUCUUUACAUUAAUUCUUGCACUUGUUGUUUAUCGGCCUGGCUGUCUUUCUUCUGGAUCUCCAGAUUACUAAAAUCUUUUGAAUUUUUUAUUAGAGGACAUGAAAAAAUAGAUUAGACCUAGACAUACUCAUUCUUACCGUAAAUCAACUGAAAUUCAUUGGCUCUACUUUAAGCAUGAUGGGAAAUCUGGAUCCAACCUAAUCUGUUUGAACACACCCACACCCACACACCCCAAUAACAAAACAGUGGCUGGUCACCUGCAGUUGUUCCCAAGUACAUUGAUAGGUGAGUGCUUUUGAAAAAUCACCUAUUGUGUCACUAAUUCCUAUAUCACUCUGUUUUUCUUUCUCUCUAGAGAAAGGUCUCUCCUUGCUCAGCUACCAUUUAUGCAAUUAUACUAUAGACAAAAAUGUGAACAAAAUGGUUGCCUAUCGAAAGUCAUAUGAAAAGGAAACACUAUGCGGAGGGUGGAUUCCGUGGAGGACUUGCACCAAAACCUAUUACAACGAAGAAUAUCAUCCUGUCACAGUCCCAGAGAGUAUGAAUCUGACAGAUUGUUGCAGUGGAUAUGAGCAAGUUGGUCUCUACUGUGCCUUAUCCCUAAACAGUUCCAGUGAAUUUGCCUCAAGACCUGGUGCCUGUCCAACAAAGGAAGCGGAAGCGUUAAAUAUUUCAUGCACAUUGGAUUUGGAUUGUCCAGAACAUAAAAAAUGCUGCGAGACAUCAAAAGGCACUGGCUGUUCUGAUCCUGUAUCAGAAGAGCAAACAGUGCCAAGAUACUGGUAUGACGUGUCAGUCCUGGUGAAAAUGGAUUUUGAUGAGUUAAAAAGAGUGGAUCCAAAACUUCUGAAUCAUUCACGGCUUCUGCACUCUAUGAUUACUGGCGCACUAUGGCCCCUGGAUGUCUCAGUGUAUCAUAUUCGUACAACACAGGCAGAACCCUAUACAGAGACAUUGGUUUCCCGGGUUCUGAUUGGACUGCAAGAGCUGGUUCCAUUGGCAAACGUUUCUUCUUUGUUGAAGGACAUUGUGAUGCGAGUGUAUGAAGUUAUCGACAUAGUUGUCCAAGCUACAAAUUCAACAUCUGCAUCACAAGAACUCAGCAGACCAGAGGAUUCAAAAUGCUAUGCUCCAGCUAUUAGAAACCACAAGAUCUUCAGUGUUACUAGCAGCAGUUUUGAAGUGGCUUGGAGUGUAAAUUCGACACGGAACCAUUCGUUCAAUAUAGAAAUAUACAAAGGCAAAGAACUCGUGCAACAAAUGGAAACCAAUGAUACGAAACUAGAUGUGUUCAAUCUGGAAGCAGGCAUAAUGUACACAGUGAACAUCAGUGCUGAAGACUGUGGCAAAAAGAUUGUCUCAAGUAGAAGAGUAAAGACAGAUGCCUUAGUAUUUGGUUUAACAAUAAGGAUAUUGAAUUAUAACUUCACGGAUCAGCUCCUCAACACUAGCAGUAUCGAAUAUCAGGCAUUUUCUAGCAUUUUGAUGACUGAGAUCAGAAAGUCACUUCCUUCAAAUAUGUCUGCAUUAUACCAGAUGGGAAAGCUGAAAGUGCAAAUAGACUCUCUUAAAGCUGGUAGCAUUGUUGUGAGACUUAAAAUCAUAGUAGAAGACCCAUUAUUUCCAAAAGACUUGUCUGCAUUUGAGCCAAUGAUUUCAUCACUGUUCAACAGUUCUGCAUUCCUUGUUGACCAGAAUAGCUCUCGAGUAGAAGACUGGAAUGAAUGUGCAUCCCGGGCAGAGAAUGAUUGUUGCACCUAUGCGGAAUGUAUCGAUACAUUGGGCUCAUAUAUGUGCAGAUGCAAGACAACCACAGAUGCCAAUCCAUCCCGACCUGGGAGAAACUGUGAAGGAGAUAUUGUGGAUCCCGUUACAGAAAUGGUGCCUGCAUUUGAAGCAAAUGCUACAGAAGGACUGCCUGGGACAGGUUCCACUCCUCUGGCAAUGUCUGAAGUAAAGGCAGUGACUUCAUUCACGUCUAAGUCCACUGAGACAAUGAUAUUGCCCUCAAAUGGGACCCAAGAGUCAAGCACUCUUCCAUCAGACAAAACCCUGUCAGCAUCUCAGAGAAUGACCACUUCAGGGUAUGUGAGGAACAAUUACAGCCAGAGUACUUCAGCAACCCCUGCUCUGGUGACAAAAAAGUGGGACAAUAUAACUACCACUGAGUAUGUCAAGAAUAAUAACACCCUGAGUACUUCAGAAACUCCUGCUCCAGUAACAAAAAAGUGGAACAAUGUAACUACCACAGGAUAUGUCAGGAAUAAUAAUACCCUGAGUACUUCAGAAACUCCUGCUCCAGUAACAAAAAAGUGGGAAGAUGUAACUACCACAGGGUAUGUCAGGAAUAAUAAUACCCUGAGUACUUCAGAAACUCCUGCUCUGGUGACAAAAAAGUGGGACAAUGUAACUUCAUCAAAUGAAAACUUAGUUGAAGAGAGAUCAACAACACAUGAAAGGCAUAACUCUUCAAUGUCCAUGUUUCCUGGCGUUUCAAAUAUUACAGUUUAUCCUUUUGUGAGAAAUGGCACUGAAGUAGAGACAAGCACACCUGGCCUCAUAACUGAGAGAAGUUCUCAGCAAAAUGCAACUUCAGCCAUGAAUGUAACCCAACACCCCACAUUUUAUGUUCUCAAUCAUACCCUUGAUAAAGAGAUGGGGAAAGAUAACAGAUCUUGGUCUGAGAAAAAUCCAUCCACAACAUUACCAUCUUUGUCUGGGGGAUACACAGUUGCCGCCCCUGCCUCAGAUUGUGGCGCUUCAAAUACUAUUUUUUCCAAUAUAACCAGUACCAGCUUUCAAGUAACUUGGACCACAAAUGUUCCACUAAAUACUUCUUUCGAGUUUCUGUUGCUUAAUGGAAAGGAGCUUAUACGAGUGCUUAAAACCCAGAGCCACAACCUGACUAUUUCCGGACUAGAACCUGGGAUUUUGUACACUGUUGAAAUUGUGACAGAAGUUUGUGGAAAUAAAAGCAUACCAGUACAGCAUAAAGUUAAGACAGCUGCCCAGAUACUUAGUGGAACCGUCAGGAUAUCAAAUCUCAACUAUAGUUCAGGGUUCAGCAACACAAGUAGUGAAGAGUAUCAAAAUUUUACACAGUUGUUUUUCACUGAGGUCCGUACGUCUCUGCCCCUUAAUAUUCUUCCGAAAAUGGAUGCUGGCUUGAUUAAAAUGUUGAUAACGAGUGUGACUAAUGGAAGUGUAGUGGUGAGCUUCAACCUCCUGAUUCCAGCAGACAUGGAUGCAAACAACGUUUCCAGUUCUUUCCUUGAGGCCUUUCUCCACAGCCGCCAUUUCAUGAUUGAUAACAGCAGUCUCUCCAUACAUGAUUAUGAUGAGUGUGAGAGGGAAGAAGCAGAUUGUUCUUCUGAUGCAUCUUGCUCUAAUACUUAUGGAUCUUAUGAAUGCAGCUGCAAAGAAGGAUUUGUCAACGUGAAUGCUGAGAGACCCGGGAGAAACUGUGAAGCACUUUUCCCCAGCCCUGAUGCAGGAGGUACCCAGACAAAAGACUUGAGCAGCACAGUUUUACCUUUGACAGAUCCGUAUACUUCAAACCAUGUGCCAUCACCUGCUGGAGAGGAUUCUUCUGUCCCCAAAACCAGAAGUUUGGAAAAUGCAACCACCAGCACUAUAUUUAGCAAUGCAUCUACAGAAACAACACUGAAUGUUCAAGUCUCAUCCUUACCACCCAGUAAGCCUUCCCAGGGGAUUUUAAUUAAGAAAGCAGUCAGAGUGCUUUGCGAGAUUGAAAAAAUUGUCAUCACCAUUCAGAAGGACUUUUUGAAGCGUGAAUCUAUCCCAGAAUCUUCUCUGUACCUGGGAAGGCCCCACUGCAAUGUAAGCUCCAGCAAUUCCAGUCAUGUCAUACUUCGGACUGGGUGGAACGAAUGUGGAACUGAAGUACAAACCAACACAACACACACCAUAGUAAAAUCAGUUCUUCGGAAUGAUCUGCUUUCUUCAAGGGUCAUCCGCCACCUGAAGGUUGUCAGUCCAAUCCUUUGUGUGUUUCAAAAUGAUCUCUUGACUUCAUCUGGAUAUACUCCAGAAGGGGUUUAUACCAUUUUUGAGGAUUUACAUGGAUCAGGACACUUCUUAACAGAAAUGCAGCUAUUCAUUGAAAAUGCUCCAAUUCCCAAAAAUUUCACCAUCUCUGCUAGUGAUGACCUAAUGAUUGAAGUGGGAAUACAGAGACAUGAUAGCAACCUCAAGGUGGUCGUCAGCGAAUGUUGGGCAACUCCAACUAAUAACUCAAAGGACCCUCAGUCAUUCCCUUUUAUAGAUGGCAGUUGUCCAGUUCCAAAUGCACACACCACUAUGAUUUCGAAUGGGAUAUCCAACAAAGCCCAAUUUAAACUGAAAAUAUUUUCCUUUGUCAAUGACUCAGUGGUUUACCUACAUUGCAAAAUCCAUGUUUGUCUGGAAAUUCCGAGGAGUAGUUGCAAGACGAACUGCAAUGGUUUCCGUUUGAUGAGGACUGGGGAAACUAUAGCAAUGCCCAAUGCAUCUUGGGGGCCUCUGCGCAAAUCUGGUGCUGAAGAAAAGCGUGGCUUAGGAGCAGGUUACAUAGUCCUCAUUGUCAUUGGUGUAUUUGCUUUUAUACUGGCAAUAACAGGUCUUUUAAUUUUCCAACACCAACGCAAGGCUGGGGCAUACAAUUUCAAAAUCAAGUCUGACAAUUUUAACUACCAAGUGUUCUAUGACUGAACAUUUCACAUUUCCAAAUCUGGAAACAUUCUAUGAAUAUAAUCCUGCUCCAUAUGAUGUUGGACCUGAUGCACCCCACCAAACUUAACCACAAAUAGCCAAUGCUCAGAUGUAUCUCCUGGUCUUGACAUAAGUCCUCUAAGAACUUACUACUUUCUGUUGCUAUGCUGAAGCACUUUACAGUUCUUGCAUCCUUUCGGGAGGAAAAAAUAACAAUCACUUAAAAAACCCCCAAAACCUCUCUCAUUCCCCUCAUAGUACUAUCAUUGUUGAUAUCACUCACUCAAGAAAGGCAGAACAUUUACUCAGUUACAGAGCAUUUUGAUUUUCCAUUCAGGCACUUAAUUAAAGGACUGUAGUAUUGCCAUCUUGAUGCAAAAGCCAGACUCCUAGAAUGCAUUAUGAGAUCUGCAUUAUCAGGAAGAAAAGCAUGUUUAAAGCUGUUGUUUAAAACCAAUCCAACACUGUUAUAUAUAAACUUUGUAAAACCAAUUUAACAUGUGGUUAAAAGCAACAAAGAGAAAGAACCACUUCUGCAACUGGUCUGGUCAUCCCUCCCCCCCAAGAAUAUUCGCCAGUCAAGAAUAUUCAUCAUUAAAGCACUUCCCUAAUAUUGUAAGUUUUUGCAGUGCAAGAACCACUAGGUGAAUUUAAACAUCUCCAUGAACUUGCUUAAAUUCCAAACUGGUAGGAAUGACAAUGGCAAUAACAUGAGACAUGCUAGAGAAAAGGAUGAUACUCAGACACAACCUUACGUACCAGAGCAAACUGUGCUUUAGUUGACUGGCAACUCAGCAUCUAGUGUAAUAGAGGAGUGAGAGAUGGGUUAUUCCAAUGUACAAAGCAGCAAUCAUGUCCCUGCUGGGUCCAUUCUAGGUUGCCUCUAUUUAUUGUUUACUUCAGUGGCAAUACAUUGCAAUUAUUCAACGUUUCUCACUAUGCCAUUGUAUGCAUAGACUAGGCUUGUCAACAAAUAUCCAGUGCCUAUAACAGCUGAAUUUCCACUUGACAUUAAGCUGUUGUACAUCUACUUGUGGGGAAAGCCUUAUUUGCUGAGUUUCAAAUGCUGAAAGCACAGGAUCCCUCAAAAGGGGUGGGGGAAGGAGCUGACAAAUUUAGCAUUGACCCAUGGACAUGUAAUCAUAUGUGGACGGUACUUACUGAUUUUAGAUCUUCCCACAGCCAUACAAAGGUAAUUAAAAGAUUCUAAAGGGUGGACACUUCUUUCUUUCAAUCCUUAUUUUACAUCGCAGUGCUAGUUAAAUCUUAACAUGAAGGUAAUGGUUUGGUAAAAUGUCUGCUGUACAAAUAAAAUUGUUGAGUUAGCCUGAGAGACAUGCUAAACCGUUGUUGUUUUUUAGGAGUCUAUAUUUUUGGUACAUUUAUUGUACAUUUCCACAAUUUAAUUGGCUUUUGUGCAUAUAUGAAAAGAGAAACUAUUUUUAUAGGUUGCAAUUUCUGUGUUUCUAUGCUGUAAUAAUAUUGAUAGUUUUGACAUGGUCACUCGUGAGCUACUUAAGCAUAGUUAGUAGGGCUUUAAAUGUUACAUCACCUGCAUGGAAACCUCCCAAAACUACUUCCACAUAGUGGUGUUCAGUGCUGGAGGUGUAAAAGUGACCCUAACUGGGUUAUCUUAAGUAACCCAGCUAGCUAAUGAAAGGGGCUAGCUAAAAUCCUGGAAGCUCUUAGAAUAGUCGAAAACAAAAUGGGGCAAAUUCCAAUUGAUUUAUGCUGAAUAAAACCCUAGUGGUGAAUUAGAUACAAAGUAAUA